UUCCUUGUAUGAUUUUACUGUAAAAUCAGAUUUUCCUUUCUUUGUUUUUUAAUUAGAAAAUUUUUCUUUUGGUAAAAUUUUGCAUGAGAGCUACCUUUUCCGAAAAAUGGGCUGGAAAUUUUACCAUAUUAUUUGUCGGUAAAACCUACUUUGAAAAUCUAUCGGGGAGAGUCGCUUCCUCAUCUCCUUCUUUCCUCUUCUUCGCCGAUCAUCUGUAGCCUCGUCCUUCUCUUCUCUCGUCGUUCAUCUCAGAGCCGGUAUGAUUCUCUCUUUCACUCUCGUUCAUCUGAGAUUCGUUUGACUUUCUCUCUCUCUCUCUCUCUCUCUCUCUCUAGAGCUGUCGGCGGGUUGAAGGGCGACAUCUGGAGCUAUUUGAACUAAAGCCUCUGUCUUAUUUCCAUUUCCUCCCAGAUCUCAACAACGAGAGUACGCAUAUUGGCUAUUGCAGCUCUGUUUUGAGGUUUUAUGAAAAAAAUCGACUUAUUAAUAUGUUGUUCUUGUUUCGUAACAAUAUUAGAACCAUCGGUCGACAUAUUUGUGUGUAGCCUGGGGUGCUUUCGAUUUUGUGCUCUCUCUCUCUCUCUCUCUCUCUCUCUCUCUCUCUCUCUCUCUCUCUACAUGUUCGUAUCCUUGGUACUUAUGAUUUAAUAACUGCCUAUUGCUAUAUUGUGUCAUUCUUCAAUCACUAUUCUCCUAAAAUUAAAGGCCAGAUACAAUCUCAUCAGCAUAUUGUUUCUAUGGUUUAAUGUCUGAUGCCAUCUUGUUGGUUUACUUGACCAUCUAAUUCUUCUUUUGGAGGGAGGAGUUUGAGUGAGGGGAGAGAGAGAGAGAGAACAGAGCAGAAUUCUUGGAAAUUUUGAAUUUUUUUUUUUUAAGUGAAUUUGGAGACACUUUUGUCUACAAGACUACACUUCACUUUUGCGGCAUCUUGGAGAUUUGAGAAACUUAAAAUAUGGGCAAUCACUUCACUCCAUCCUCAUAAAAAAUGGGUUGGAUCGAGAUGUUUUUAUACAGAACAAUAUCCUUAGAUUUUAUGCUAUUUGUGACGAUUUGAUGAAUGCCCGUCUUGUGUUUGAUGAGAUGCCAGACCCAAAUUUGGUCUCUUGGGCAAGCAUGAUCUGGUCUUAUGUACAACAUGGUUUUAACGACCUUGGUUUGCAGCUCUUUUGUUGUAUGUUUCAUUCGGGAUUGCGACCAAACGAGUUUGGGUUGUCGGUGGCACUCAAGGCAUGCAGAAUUACAGGUAAUUUGAUGAUGGACGAUGCACGCCGAUUCUUUGACGGAAUUCCAGUAUGGCGAAGAUCUGAAGCCUUGUGGAAUACAUUGCUUGACAGUUAUGUCCAGGCUGCUAAUGCUGAGGAAGCUGUUGAGUUGUUUCGGCGGAUGCUGCUGUUCGAUGUAUUGCCUACAUGUUUCUCUUAUGCAAUUAUGAUUAAAUUAUGUGCUGACAAUUUGAAUGUCUACCUUGGAAGAUCCUUACAUGACUGUAUAAUUAAGGUUGGCUUUGAAACCCAUGGUUUUGUAGGUGGAGCACUUGUUGAUGCCUACUCAAAAUUAAGAGCCUUAUAUGAUGCCUCUAAAGUGUCUUGCAGUCUUGAAGAGAAGGAUAAUGUGGUCUGGAGUACUCUACUGUCUGGUUUCCAUCAGUUUGGGGAUGCCAAACAAGGGCUGACCUUGUAUCUUGAAUAUUUAUCUAAAGGUCAUGAACUAGAUCCAUUUACCUUCGCAAGUGCAUUUAAUGUGUUCAAAUUUAGAUUCUGUAGGAGUUGGUUCGCAGAUACAUUGCAGUUUCAUUAAGAGUGGUUUCUUGCUGGAUUCUUUUGUUGGGAAUGCUGUCAUCAACAUGUACGUCAGUGCUGGAAUGACUUCUGAUGCUUAUAAAGCUUUGGUUGAGGUUAUAGUUUAAUUCCGAGGAUAGAAAAGCUCUGGAAUUGUUCUAUGAAGGCAUGGAUCCCAUCUUUUAUUAAUACUUAUGCUGGGAAGAGACCAUAUGGUAGCUUCUACUUCUAUUGUCUAGUCCCUGGCCGGCCAAUUCACUGCAAUUACUGCAAAAGAUGCUACUUCAUUGAAGACCAAAACUCAGUUCCAAUCCAGUGGACUAUUUACUCUCCACCCUUGUAGUGCACCCAUCAAGAACCACGCUAUGGUAACCAUGUAUCCUUCUUCAUGGUAGCCAUUCCAGCCAUUCCAGUCAUGGACUAUCAUUAUCUGAAACCAUAAUAGUAGUAAUUAUUUAUUUCAUCAUCAUUGGGAGGUGCGUUGUUGUUGAGUAGUCUUUUGGUUAAUGGAUGUUAGUGUCUCUAUUUAUCAUAAAUUUCUAUUUUGAUUGUGAUACAUUUGACAUGCAGUUGAAACAUUUGUGUUUUGCCUAUUGUUCCCAAAAUACUAGCUUAAUCUAAUGAUAUUUAUUUUUAGCAGAUAUUUGGAUAAUUGCAUGUGAUAGCUUUCUUGUUUGGUAUAUGUACUCUACCAUCUGUCCUUAGUAUGAGUUACAUUGAAUUAGUUAGCAUUAGUCCUAGAAUCGUCCUAGAGGUGUCUUUGGCUCAACAUCUUGGACUCAACCUGUCCCUCUAUCGUCAACAUUGUCACUAUCAUUAGCAUUGAUUGGAUCUGCUAUGGAUGUUUAUUUCUAUUCAUUGCCUUCUCUUAUGUUGUUGUGUGUGUGUGUGUGUGUGUGUGAGAGAGAGAGAGAGAGAGAGAGAGUUCAUUAUUUUUUGUGGGAUGUCUCUUCUAUGUAUCAUCAUUCAAGGUGAGUUCCCAACUUCAUCCAUACAUGUUUCGUUUUUUGCUUCUAUAUAAAAAUUUGUUCUUUUUCUUCGCAUUGAUUGAUACAACUUUCAUAGUGCCAUGUGUUUCUCUGUUAUAUAGGUUAACUGGAGCUGGCACUUUAAGUACAUGAGCGUUAUAGGUUAACUGGAGCUGGCAUUUUAAUUAUAUGAGCGGAUCAGCAGGCUGAUACCAAUACAUUGAUGUAAAACCUUGUGCUAAAUAGCAUCUAUAGUUUCAAAAUUUUUGAUAGAUCGGGUCAUACGAGGGUUGAAUGAGAAUCAUUCCACUUUUACUGAAAGCAGUGAAGAGCAUUAAACACCCUAUGUGAGUGGCCCCAAAGAGAUAAGAGGAAUCGAACUCAGAACCUCACAUUUCUUGAGGCGAAGGUCCCUUGGCCUUCUGAUGUAGAUGAAUAUUCAAUACUUUCAUACUAUCCUUUGUAGAGUGGUUAUCAUUUUAACAAAUCAA